AAGAAACAACAAAAUCUCAAACUAGGGUUUUUACAUAAAACCACACUCUCUACAUAUAUACUUCUCUCAUCCGCCGGAAACCAGAGGAGAGAGAAUUCUUCAUCAGCUCAAACUGGUUCUUGGCAUUUUCGAGCUGAGAAAAAAUGGCUCCGGUUGCGAAAAAGGGUGCGAAGACUGCAGUUGGAAAGAAGAAGACGGAGAAAACCACAAACCCUUUGUUUGAGAAGCGACCCAAGCAAUUUGGAAUUGGAGGUGCUCUUCCACCAAAGAAGGACCUUACCCGGUUCAUCAAAUGGCCAAAGGUUGUUCAACUUCAGAGGAAGAGAAGAAUUUUGAAGCAACGUUUGAAGGUUCCCCCAGCUAUUAACCAGUUCACUAAGGCUCUUGACAAGAACCUUGCAUCAAACCUUUUCAAGUUGUUGCUCAAAUACAGACCUGAAGACAAGACUGCAAAGAAGGAAAGGCUAUUGAAAGCAGCUCAGGCUGAAGCUGAAGGAAAGAAGCCAGAGAGUAAGAAACCCGUUGUUGUGAAAUAUGGUCUUAACCACAUCACUUACCUCAUUGAACAGGGAAAGGCUCAGAUGGUAGUCAUUGCCCAUGACGUUGACCCAAUUGAGCUUGUGGUAUGGCUUCCUGCCUUGUGCCGUAAGAUGGAGGUUCCAUACUGCAUUGUCAAGGGAAAGGCUCGCCUUGGAACGGUUGUCCACAAGAAGACAGCUGCGGUUCUUUGUUUGACAUCCGUGAAGAACGAGGACAAAAUGGAGUUCAGCAGAAUCGUUGAAGCUGUCAAGGCUAACUUCAAUGACAAGUAUGAAGAGCACAGGAAGAAGUGGGGAGGUGGAAUUAUGGGUUCCAAAUCACAGGCAAAAAUGAAGGCAAGGGAGAGAGUUAUUGCCAAGGAAGCUGCCCAGAGGUUGAAUUAGGGCAAAAACUCUUGGUUGCAGAAUUAUUAUUAGCUUCUUUUUGUUAACAUUAUCAGUUCAGAAAUUGAUACUUUAGUUUGUUUGGUUGAAGAAGUACUGGUACUGAAGUUUUUGUAGUUGAUUUUGAAAUUUGCCACCUUAAAAUAUGUACUCAUUUGGGAUGA